AUGGGUUUUAAUGUUGGUCAAUUCUUUCGUAAAAGUGUUAUAACAGCUUCUAAAUGGACAAAAUCAUUUGUUCUAGUGUCAAUUCUACAACUUAUUGUAAUUGUUGCAUUGGAGACAAAUGUACUUACUCGCAAUUUUGGAUUUGUUAAAGUAUUGAUAUCAAAACAGGAUUCUGGAAUCUCCUGUGGAUUAAAGCCUUCGAUUAUUCGAAUGCAACUUAUUUUACAAGAAAAUGUUGUUUUCAUGAUAUUUCAAAUAUUUCAACUAUGGUUCUGUGUAGAUGCGGUUCAAAAAUUUGAAAUUACAGUAUGGUUAUCAAGUUUAGAGAAGAGGUGUCCGGAAGUAAAGUUGAAUCCAGAAUAUGCUACACAUGAUUUUCUAUUAGUAGCAUUUUUAAUAAUAUUUGCUGUUAUAAUGGCUAUACUCUGUUGGAGAUUAUAUAUGGAAUUUGGUUGGAGUAUUUAUAAAAAAAUAGGAGCAGAUGUUAAAAUACAGAAAAUGUACAAGACAAUGUUGAUUUUCGUAAUGUUGAUCAAACUCUCUCUAUUCUUUGUGUUGAUGUCUGCAAUUGAGGUAAUCUGGGCAUUCAGCGAUGAUGAAGAUCCUGACGACAUAUUGGAAAUUAAAUUUAACAUUUCAAGAAGACUCUAUUAUUUCCAUUUAGCUAUAACAAUUUUAAUCUUAUUAUUAAUGAUUCUUGGAUAUUAUUCAAAAGAGUUUAAGAUAGGAAUGGUUAUUUAUCUUACUUUAUCAACUGUUGCGCUUAUUGAUUUUAUAUUAAUCUUGAAAGAGUCUGUGCGAGAUAUAGCCAACAGUUGGUACUUUUUCAUAGUAUUUAUGAAUGAGGAUGUUUCAAAAACGAAUCAACAAGUUUUUGACGAAAGACAUACUAUCGAAGAGGAAGAAGAAAUAUCAUAA